CAGUGCGAGACGUUAUUUCUACAAUUCUUUCUCUUUUUCUCGCUUUCAUUCGUUUAACCUUUCAUUCAAUCUCAUAUCUUUCAUUGGUUCAUUCACUGUAAAAAGUGCACAAGGCAUGUCAUUACUCUAAAGCAGUUGUUAUACUUGAUCUGACUCAAAACAUUCAAUUUUCUGUCUAGCCAUCAAUGUAACGUAAAAAUAUUGGUUGAUUCAAAUUAAAAGUAAGUCUUGUUAGUGUAACGUAAAUAAAUGUCUUUAAAUCAAAUUAAAAAUAUUGCGUUCCCAUUAUCACGUCACGUCUGACGUCAUCCGUAGUUGAGCGUGAGGACGUUCAUCUUUCCGCCAUCUUGUCAUACCGCAUGGAUGAACACGGCGUGGAGAAACGGGAAUCUAUAAAAUCGGAUGUCAUCUGUAUCAGUGCAGCUCUCUUACACCAAGAUUGGAAGUUUCGCAUGUUUCUAAUCUUCCCAUUGAUGUUCUGAAUGAAGACAUAUCACAGACUGUAAAACAGAAACACCCAAACCUGGAUGUUGUGUGCUUGGCCAAGGAAGUAACAUUUAAAGGCUUCAGCUACAGAAAAAGUAUGGUCAUUGCUCAUGGCGAAUGUUCAGGGCUUCCAGAGUUUGGCGAAAUUUUGAAAAUUAUUGUGUUGCAGGACAAACCACUGUUCAUUGUCAGGAGACUAGAUGCAUGGUAUACUGAACAUUACAGAGCCUAUUUCUUGGUCCAGUCAUCUGACAAGAAAAUUGAACUUUUAGAGCACCAUGAUCUUACAGACCCAUAUCCACUGGUUCAGUACACAAUUGGGGGGAGACGCAUGGUGGCUCUGAAGAGAUAUAUACAUGUGUAAGAAUCUGUUAAGGAUGUCAGGAAGAAGAUCUGCCAAGCUUUUGGUGAUUGUGAGUGAAGAUGAUUCAAGAAAGUUGCUUCUGCCAGAUGGGAUUCCCGAAUCAGUGGAUGAGCUCGUUGAAAAAGUGAGGGAAGCUUGUGGAUUAAAGGGUAAAUUCAGACUACAGUAUCAGGACAAAGAUUUUGGGGAUGUAUUUGUAAAUUUGACAAACACUGGAGAACUUCAGAGUCUUUGCACUCUAAAGAUAAUCCCUUUGCCAGACGAAGAAUCAUUCACUGUUCAAACAAAUGAUGGGACCCAGUCUAACGAUGAUACUCUGUCCUCCUUUGGCUCUGGCGACACUGAUGAUACUAUCAUCCUCUCACCCCCUGGCUCGGAAACAGUUUCUACAAGAAAUCAACAGUGGCCAAAGGAAUUUAAUAUUCCACGCUUUUCUUAUGACACUGAACUCCAAUUAGAGAGAGGAAAUUCUCUUUUUAAGGCUAACGGAACAAGGCUGACUGUCGCUCCAAAGAUGAAGUCUGAUAUUCUGGAGAAGAUAUGUGAUGAGAUCUACAAGUAUAAAUCUUAUCCCAGCAGUGCAAACUUCUGCGAAGUUUCAGAGGCACUUAUCAAGAAACACCCUUGCUUGGCAGAAAAAGGAUCCUUCAAUGGUUGCUACGGGUGGACACAGAGAUUUAAAAUGAAGAUGGGAAACCUACGCACACAGUUGAAAGGUCUUGGAUGCCCUGAGUUUUUGGCAAAUUCCCUGAAAACCAAAGCCUCGGAUAAUGCUUUUCCAGCAAAAAAUGUUAAACGACCUAAACGUGGCGAGGCCAAUCAUAUCCCAUCCGUACCUGCUGGAGUGUCAUCAGAAAACCUUGAAACUGAGCGCCUGGCACUUUUAAAGGAAGUGAAGAAAAGAAACAACGCAUGCACAAUCAGAGAAAAAAUGACAAAGACGUUUGCCUUACGCAGACGAGAAGUUGUGGAAAACCAACCUAGUGUUCAGGAACUGCAAGAAAGGUGGCCAGCUCUGUUUCAACAAGAGGAGAUUAAUGCUGAAUUUUUGCGCAUCACGACUUUACCUUUACAAUCGAGAUUUUUGGCUUCUUUGGACAGACAGAGCUCUCAGCUUCUCCAGGUUAUUAGAAGCAAAGGUGGAGUCCUCCGUGAAAAAACUAAAGACACUAUUAAAGUUAUGGAUCAGAGUCUGGACAUAGACAUCAGAAGAGAGUGCCUGCUGAAGUGCCUCAUCAUGUACCUUGGUGAAGAUGCAAGCUGUCUGAUCAAAGAAUACCAGGCUGACCAGAGGGAGGAAGCGGAGAGAGAAUUCGAAAAGACCACCAUGGCAGUUUUUGUCAUCCGUGAAAGUGAUGCUCUCAGUCAUGCACUGGACAUUUCCAUUGUCAUUGACGGUGUGGAGGUACUAAAUAAGUUGCCCUCUGUUGCAUGUGCCUGUACCAUGAUGAUUGGACUCAUUUAUGCACUGAACCUUAAAUAUCCUGAAGGACUCAAAUAUACCUUUGAAGCCUUUCAAAAAAUAUUAAUGGACAUAGAGAAUAAGCAAAUGAGCCGAAGGGUGCAGAACCUCUCUUCAAAGCUGCAGGAGUAAAUUUGUUUCCUUUGACCCAGCUACAAUGUUCUGCUGAUGGUGAAUCUCCUUUAAGAUGUUGGACUGUAUAAAACUGUUCACUCGGUUUCAGUUGUUUUGUAAAUAGUAUUAGACUGUUUACUAAACCUGAUUUGUGUUUUAUCUUGGGUAAGGUUAAUAGUUUACCCAAAAAUGAAAAUUCUUAGGUUGUUUAAUCACCCUCAAGCUAUUCAAGUAUUUAACUUUAUUUAACUUAAUUAGGUUCAGAGACAUUUUAUAAAAAUGACGAGAGAAGGUUCAUUUUUGGGUAAACUAGUCCAUGAAGGUGAAACGUUGUUUUUUUUCUUUCUACCAUUGGCUAAUUUGGUAGGUGCUUUAUUAAAAGUGGUUGGUUUUAUAAUGCCCUUUUUAAAGCAGGUUUUAGGCCAUAUUCACUAUAUGCUGCUAAUGCUGCUUAGAGUGGCACCUGUCCGUCCAUCCAAACUUGUUUUAACUUCAGCACAAUUUAAAAGGUUUUGUUGUGUAAAGUUAGUUCUAAUUGAUUGUUUGUGGAAAGAUUUUAUGUUUUUCUUCUAAACCUUGAUUCUGAUUCACCUCAAAGGUGAAUUGACAUUGUUAUACGGUGUGUAAUUGUAUAAAGAUACUAUACACAUUGUAAAAACUGUUAUACUGUCUGUAUUGUUAUUAUACACAUUGUAGAAAUGUAUUGUGACAAAAAUUGUCAAAGGUUUACGAUGUGUUUACAUUGUUAUACAGUUUGUAUAAGACAUUAUACA